GGCGUGCAGACGACACUAGCCGGUGUCUUGCCGGUUUGUUGUUUUUUCGCAUUUUGUAGUGGUUUAGAAUGAACACUGAGGCUGUUCCAAAGCACAAACAAGCAGCCAGAAAGAUAUAGACGGUUUGGAUCUCAAUUGAUGAGCAAUGGCGCUGACAAGAAGGUAGCAGAGGACAAAACCAACAUGGGGAACCUCCACUCCUACCUUCAUUCAUUCACUCAUUCCAAUAUCCCCAUUCUCACCACACUCUACUUCGUACAAGGCCUUCCAUAUGGCAUCCAGGCCCGCUUUCUACCGAUCUACCUACGCGCGAAGAACGUCUCCCUCACCAACCUCGGUUUCAUCAAGCUUCUCCUGUUGCCAUGGCUACUGAAGAUCGUUUGGGCGCCACUCCUCGAUCGGUACAGCAGCAAACAAACAUGGUUGCUCAUCAGCAUGGCGGGACUGAUGCUUGCGAGUCUCGCCGGAGCUGCGAUCGACGAGGAACACUUCCUGAGUCUGUGCGUUGUCGUGUUCUUCAUGAACUUUUUCGCCUCCACGCAAGACAUCGCGGUGGACGGAAUUGCGGUGGCGAUACUGAGUGCAGACGAGCUUGGGAAGGGGAACACAGCACAGGUCGUCGGUUACAAGCUCGGGUCGAUCGUUGGUGGGGGUGGACUGGUGUGGCUGAGUGACUACGUAGCCUGGCAUCACUUGUUUCUUUUCUUAAGUGUCACCUACCUUAGCACGAUAGUGUUGGUGUGCCAACUAUCACAACUUCAGAAUACUUACCUCAGGAACUAUCAGUCUAAGUCUAACAGGGACUGUAAAGAUAUUGAGACGAAAACAGGAAACAAAUGUGAAUCAAACAUGAAUGGAUACAUCCCUACAAGUCACACAAAGGACCUGAAAGAAAUGUGCAACAAGGAAACAGAAGGAGCUGAUUAUCACAGACCUGUUGACAGUACAGAUGGAGAGAAGAAAAGAACAGGAAGAGAAGAUGACUGGUGGAUGUUGCAGGUGUUGAGGAGCCCUGGGACAGGAUGGAUGAUUGUGUACUGUUUGCUGUACAAGUUAGGUGAACAAGGUGCCAACGGGAUGUUCCCCCUGUACCUGGUGGACCAAGGUAUUCCCAAGGGAGCGGUGGGGAUGUGGACAGGGGUGGUGGGACAGGGACUGUCCAUUGUUGGGUCACUCCUGGGGGGAUGGCUGCUCACUGGACACUCCAACAGAACGCCCCUUGACCUUCUUCACUUGACCUUCACGUUACGCCUGUUACCCAUAAUCCUGCAGAUGGUGGUUAUCUGGGAGGGGAACACGGGGGAGUUGUUGUAUUCAUAUGGUUUUGCGGUGGCUUCCAUGUGCCUGCUACAACUGGUGGGCGGGGUCAUCACCACGGCAACGUUCACAACCAUGAUGCACUGCUCCAGACAAGCUCCCUCUAGCAUCCUGGGCAGUCACUACACCUCUCUCGCCACCUUCGAAGUUAUGGGGAAACUUUUGUUUAUGACAGUCGCGGGAAGUCUUACUGAUUUCUUCGGCUACUUUAAUAUGUACGUCUUCUUCGCAUUCCUGAGUGUUGGUGUGAUGCCUCUGCUAAAAUACUGUCCUAUUAACUUUCACAAAAAUGAGUAAGCUAAUACAAAAAUGAGUAAGCUAAUAGGUUAAUGGCCUGUUAGUCAAUAGGUUACUGAGUCAAGUGACACCUACAUGUGCUAUGGAGCUGUAACAUUAUUGAAUUGAAAGAUAUAUUUGUGCUAUUCUAUUUAUUUUGUAACGUUACAGUUAAUGUUACAACUGUUAAGGACCAGAACAGAACAACCUAGCCAUUAUACUGUUUACAAGUAGUAAUUCCGAAUGUGUAUGAAAAUGUACAAAGUUUUAUCUUAUUUGUUUAAAGUGAGGAAGCUACUGUAGUAUCUCUAUUACUCUUAUUUUCAUGGAGCUUUAUUUACUUUAUUAUGAUUAUACAUAUUAGUAUAUUAUUUAUCUUUCAGGUAGUCAUUCCUGGGUUGAACUAUAUUAUGAAGUGUGGGAAAUAAUUGUACCAUACAUUUAGAUGUCUCACUCUUCAGUUAUUUUUGAGUAACGUUAACCCUAUUCCAGUAAAACUUUUUCUCAAAAAGAUCAUUGCCUAAAAAAUUGACACUCUAAAACUUCAGAAGAAUUUGAAGGAAAAACAUGAUUAUAAUUUUACUCAUUUUGCUUUGUGGUUUAGGAAUUUUCUAAACAUUUUCUGGCUCUGUACUCAUGUGUCUUUCUGAAAUAAAAUAAAAGAUCAACCAUUACAA